AUGGGGAUUGGUCGUGUUGUGUGUGUAGCUGCUAGAGAUGUUCAUCCCUCAACCCGUCUGUACCAUUUCCUUCCCGAACUCCCCAUGAUUUUUUUUUCUUCGAAUAUUGCUGACCAUCCUUCUCUUUGUGCUGUCCAUAAUCUAUCACUCGACCCUUUUGCUCGUUCCUGUUUGCCGGAUUCCAUUGCCUCCUAGCAGCGUAAGCCCAAACCGUCCCAAGCGAGGAGAGCGCACACGAUAUAUAUACAUGCACAUACGACCAUGCACCGCGUGAAACUAAGAAAAAAAAGAAAACAGCGUAACAGCAGAGAUAAAGGAAAUAUCCCACCUCCGCCCACAUUUCCCUAGCCGGCCUAUCUAUCCAUCUGUGCCCUAUCUAUCAGAUACAAGAUAACCGCGAAACAAACCCUCAAUGGCGACUCGCUACGCAUUCCAAACGUAAGAAACGAUCCACGUUUCUGGUGCGUCGGUGUGUAAGGAAUCUGGUUACAUACGCACAUGGACUCGGACUUGGUCUGAGAGCACGUAUACGGAUAGAUAGCGCAUCGCUUGAUAACAAAAUUCAGCACCCUCCUGGCUCUCAUUCGAGUGCCUUUUCGUUUUAUAUUC